GUUGUCGGAAUAAAGGCAGCAGUAGCAUGAGCACCGGCUAUAAUUUUUGAACCGGUCCACGAAAAAACAUAAAAUCGCCAGGAACCUUUAAUUUUUUUUGCCAGCGAUGGCCACUCUGCUUUGGAUUUUGAUUCUGCACUCAGUCUCCCACGUCGUCGAGGCGCGGGCGGGCGACGGGAAGAGGGUGUGGGACACCUUCCUCAACAUGUCCUAUCCAGACGGGCGGCUUCUGCUGCCCGACGAGGGCUUCCCUCCCGGUUUCAUCUGGGCGACUGGGACGUCGGCCUACCAGGUGGAAGGCGCGUGGAGGACCCACGGCAAGGGCCCGUCCGUGUGGGACACCUUCACCCACGCCCGGCACGGCCCGUCGGGCGACGUGACCAGCGACAGCUACCACCACCUGGACGGCGACCUGGAGGCGCUGAGGUUCCUCGGCGUCUCCCACUACCGCUUCUCCGUCGCCUGGACCCGCAUCUUCCCGGGCGGCGUGGCGGGGCGGCCCCGCGAGCAAGGCGUGCGGUUCUACGACGGGCUCAUCCGGCGUCUCCUGGCGGCCGGUGUCCAACCCGUGGUGACGCUCUUCCACUGGGACCUCCCGCAGGCGCUGCAGGACGCGGGCGGCUGGCAGAACGAAAGCGUCGUCGACGCCUUCGCCGACUACGCCGCCUUCUGCUUCGAGGAGUUCGGAGACCGCGUCAAGCUGUGGAUCACGGUGAACAACCCCUACGCGGUGGCGAUGCACGGCUACGGCAGCGGGCUGCACGCGCCCGGCGUCUCGGGCUCACACCGAGCCCCCUACCUCGUCGCCCACAACCUCAUUAAGGCGCACGCCCGCGCGUGGCACGUGUACCACGCGCGGUUCCGCCACCGGCAGCGCGGCCGGGUGACCAUCGCGCUCGGCUCGCACUGGGUCCAGCCACAGGGGGCUGGCAGACCGCCCUCCGCGGCCGAAACGGAUGCCUGCCAACGCUCCGUCGAGGCUUCCCUGGGCUGGUUCGCGUCCCCCAUAUUCGGCGACGGGCGCUACCCGCGCUCGCUCCGGAGCGCCUAUGGCACACGCUGCCCUGAGUUUGGCGAGAGCGAGCGGCGCGCCGUGCGUGGCACGGCCGACCUCUUCGCGCUCUCCUUCGGGCCGGAUAACUUCGUGGGCGUCGAGGCGAAGGCGCGGUUCGGCCAGCGGCUGUCGCUGGGGCUCAGGGAGGUGCUCAACUGGGUGCGCGCGGAGUACGACGACCCCGAGGUGCUCGUCGUGGAGGCGGGUUGGCUUGUGAAGGCGCACGUCGGGCUCGACGACACCGCGUCCAUGCACGUGCACAAGAGCUUCAUCGGCGAAAGCCUCAAAGCCAUGCACUGGGAUGGAGUGAGGCUUGUCGGCUACACGGCCUGGUCACUCGUCGACGGCUUCGAGUGGCGCUCCGGCUUCUCCAUUCGCAGGGGCCUCUUCCACGUCGACUUCUCCAGCGAAGAUAAGCGGCGGUGGCCCAAGAGUUCCGCGCACUUCUACCGGCAAGCCGUGGCCAGCAAUGGCCUGCCGGCGUCCGAGGAGAGGGCCUUCGCCAACGGCACGUUCCCCUGCGACUUCCUGUGGGGAGUCAGUGACGGCGUUGUGCAGGUCGAGGCGCCGCCAGUGUCGCCGCAGUUCAGCGAUGGCGCCGUGUACAGAUGGAACCGCGGGGGCGACGGCAAGCUGCAGCGCGUUGCCGCACUCACGGCCACGCGCCGCCGAUCCGAGUGCCCAGACUACCCCGGUAUCAGGGAACGGAUCUCCCUGCUCAAGAAACUCCAGGUCAAUGCCUACCGUUUCUCGUUCAACUGGAGUCUCAUCGCCACGGGCGAAGGUGCCACCAACUCCUCUGCCCUUGAGUACUACAGGUGCUAUGCCAAGGAGCUGCACCGAGCGGGUAUCGCCGUGGUUGCCGUGCUCUACCACCCGGCGCACCACCACUCGGGCCUGCCGGCCGCGGUUGCGCAGUAUGGCGGCUGGCUCAACGCAUCGACGGCACCGGCGUUCGCCGCCUAUGCCCGCCGCUGCUUCGCGCAUCUCGGGGCCCAUGUGAAGACUUGGAUCACGGUCAACGAGCCGGGCAAUGUACGGCUGCUUGACGGGCUCCGGGGCCACGAUGGGAUGGCUUACGCCGCGGCCCACAACCUGCUGCGAGCCCAUGCAGCUGCCUGGCACAUCUAUGACAGUGAGUUCCGCGGCAGGUACGGGGGUCGCGUGUCCAUUGCGCUGCGGGCCGACUGGGCCGAGCCGGCGAACCCGUUCGCUGCGGCUGAUACCGCGGCCGCGGAGCGUGCCCUCGUCUUCCAGACCGCAUGGUUCGCUGACCCUGUGUUUCGCACGGGAUUCUACCCCACGGAGAUGAGAUCCUGGCUGGAGGAACGGCUAAGGCGGAGAGGGAGCCACGGCAGCGGCGGCGAAGCGACGCACCUGCCGAGUUUCACGGAGCAGGAGGCCGGUUUCGUGCGGGGCACGGGCGAUUUUCUGGCGCUCAGCCACUUCACGGCGAGGCUGGUGCGGCACGAGCAGCGCAAUGGGUCGGGGUACGAGGCUGAUCAGGAAGUCCGCUCAUCGGCGGACGCCACCUGGCCACGGUCGCCCUCCGGGGCAGCGAUUUUUCCACAAGGCAUCAGGAAGGCCCUCCACUGGAUUGCGAGAAGGUACGGGCAGUCGCUGCCCAUCUACAUGAUCGCCAACGGGGUGGUGGACAGAGCUGCACUGCACGACGAUGCACGGACCUACUACCACCAGAGCUACAUCAACGAGGUGUUGAAAGCCCGAGAUCUGGACGGCGUGAACGUGACUGCGUACUUCGCGUGGGCCUUCCGUGACCGCUUCCUGCCUGAGGUCGGCUUCUUCAGCUCGGCACAGAGCGGCAGCGAGGCCAAGCAUUCGGCCAUGGCGCUCGCUUCCAUCGUCCGCCAACGAGGAUUCCCCGGCGACGCCAAUGAUGGCGCCGUGUCCACCCGCCCCUGUGAAGGCCUCGUUGUAGCGUCCACUAAUUCCUCCUCCUCCUGUGUGCCGUGCGAGUUUAUUCUGCAGCGGAAGCCGCUACUGGCGUUUGUGGCCGUGACACUCGUGCUGGUCGUUUGUUUUGCGAGCACCGCAGCCACCCUGCGCUGGUGCCGAUCCGGCAGGCCCCCUCGCCAUAGCACUGAUGCCGUCAGCCAGCACCGGCGAUUUGCUCUCCAUGUAGAGGGCAUAGAUGGUGACACAUAGGGGAGCUGUUUCACGAGUUGCCGUGGCGAUGACAACGAGCUCCCGAGGCGGCUGCAACUCCUGACCGGCAUCAUUAUCAUCGUUGUCAGCCGGGGUCAACCCGCUGCUGGAUGAAAGCCUCGCCAAGCUGCUGCCACCACUCAUGAUUCCUGUCAUGUAAUAAUCCACCCAGCAUCCACUGCACACGAGUUGAUUUUAUCGUUCCGUCUCCUCGGUUAGCGUCCUCUUGGUUGCGUUCCAUUCCGUGGCUGCAGCUCCGAUGUUAUUCUUGAAUACCGGACAUCACGAAUUGUAGAUUCUAUGUCAUGUAAAAUACAGUACGGAGUAAUUUUAUAAUAAAUGACUCAUGAUAGAUUUUCUGGAUCUUAAUGUAUCACUUAUAUCAAUAGUUUACUCAUUGUACGUGAAGUUCGGUGUAACUCUUAAUUAGCUGGGUGGUGGUGGUGGACAUCUACAUUCCGGCACUUUGGUGGCAGUGAGGGUUGGUGGAUCCCACACAGAUGUUAUGAAAUUCUAUUUUAUUGGGCUCGCCAGAGAAGGCAGUACAGGUAUCCUUUAACAGACAGCUGAUAAGCUGCGCAGCGCCACAGGUGGCGCUAUGGCCACGGAGGAGAAACACUGCACUACAAAAUAUGUAAAUCCGUUUUGCGGACCCGCGCUUACCCGUGGAUAUUCUAAUUUCCAGGUCAUGUUUGGUACAUUGGUAUACAAGUAAGCAACCGUGUAUACAAAAUCACAUAGAUGGCAAGUCCGUGGUGGGCAAGGGAAUGCUGUACAGCAAAAUGUGGACUCAGUCUGUACUAUCUGUAUUGGAUACAUUGGUGCCUUCUCGCAUGCAUGGGUCUUCUUCAGGUGGUUCAUUUUCCUCCCACAUGUGCAAAUACUCAUUAAUUGGCUGAAAACACUUUAAUAUAUAGAGGACCGCAUAGCUUGGGCAAUUGUUGGUAUGGGCUCAGUGCUUGGCUGCCUUCCUGCUUUACAGAAGUUCCUUGUGCCUCUGAGCCAUAGCAAAUACAGUGCACAUUACAAGUUGAAAUAAAAUAAUAGGUUUAAACAUUAAUGAAAGAAUUGUCAAAUAAUAAUUAUGUCGAAUUGACUGCAGGAUGAGGGAUUUCUAGUUUUGUGUCAGCCAUGGGGGUUGUUUAAGCAUACUUCACCCCCUGUCCAGUGAGCAUUUGCGAAGCAGUAAGCACGCAGGCAUGGAUCAGAUAUCACUGGCCUCUGGGGUUAGCCAUGGCCCGGAAUCAAACUUGUCAUCAGGUUUAUAGCGCAAUGCGAAAGCCACUGGACCAUCCUCCACCGCUAUCGUCGUAAUGAGUAUUGUCAUAAUAUAGGCUCUGAUCAUGUGUAACCUUCCCCACAAUUCCCACACUUCUGCUCAACUUUUCCAUCUUCACUGGCUCCAAGUCUACUAUUGCUGUCUUUAAAACAGUUCACUUUAUCUUACUAUGUCCCAUCCCAUCAUUUAAGAUCCCAACCAUUCUCGCUUUUGUUUCUUUUCCCUUCUUGCACCCCUUCACUGGAACAAACUCCCACUGUGCAUUAAACAAUCAUCUACACUAUAACCUGCUUCUGUUUUUCCCUUAAAACAACUCCCAUCUCUUCUUCGUUGCCUAUUCUACUACUACUCCCUGCCCUCAUCUACGACCAGACCUACCCCAGACCGUAUCACUACCUUAACCCCUCCUAAACCACUCCUAUCUGUUCUCCUUACUGACAAUAGCUACACUCUUGAUUUGAAGCUUUCGUGACUG